GAAGCUGCCUUGAAAGGAAAGCAUUUGUUUCUUCUUACCUUUAUAUUCACAAUCCAAUGUGCAUUACUUCAGUGAAACUGAACUCUGCUGUAUCAUCUUUCAGGUGUUUGCCUAUUUCCUUUCAAAGAAGUGACUUUCCUUAUGGAGCUUGUUUUGAGUCUGUUGGACAUGAGAUGAUUGAGAAGCAUGGGGUGAAGUGUGUUACAAUCAAGAAGACACUUCCUCCUCUUUUGCCUGCAGCUGGUGACAGUGGAAUGAUAGAGAAUGAGAAACAAAAUGAAGGUUCUGAAGUAUCAAAAUUUAGUGGCCCAGAUCUUGCUGAAACUCAUGAUGAGGUUAACAUGUCAGGUUUUGAUGAUCAAGGAAAACACACUAGCAGGCAAGAUUCUGAAGUCUUGGAGAUAAAGAAAAGAUUAAGGAAGAGAAAGAAGAGGGAUAUUGACUUAGAAAUUGUUGCCAAUGGAAAUAGUAUUGAUAAUAUACCUGAGGAUGAGAGGCAAUUUAUGAAUUCUUCAGUCUCUGAAGAGAAGGGCCAUCUCAAGGGAAAAGAUGGACUUGCUUUGAUCCUUGACAAUGCCAUUGAGGGUAAUGUUGCCUCACGAGGGAUUGUUUGUGCCAUACGUGCUUCUUCUGGAUAUAAUGUUAAAUCUCGGGAAGCUAAAGGUGAAAAUAAAAUCAAACUUACUUGCCAUCAGUGCUGCAAGUGGAGAAGCAACUUUGUGUGCUGCAAUAAGUGUCAGCUUAAAGCCUAUUGCCAUUCUUGCAUAAAGAAGUGGUAUUCACGACAAUCACAGCAAGAAUUGAUGGAUGCUUGCCCACAUUGCUGUGGUUGGUGCAAUUGUAGAUCUUGUCUUCUCACAGGCAAAUUAUUCAAGGACACCAAAACUUUGGGAGUGCCUUUAAAUAAAGAGGAAAAGGUUCAGCAUUUUAAGUAUCUUAUAUCCUUUCUGUUCCCUAUUCUGGAAGAAUUUGACAAGAACCAAAGGAAGGAAAAGAAGCUAGAGGCAAAUAAUCUAGGGUUAACAAGGUCAGAGGUUGUAGUUGGUCAGGCUGUGUGCGAGGAAGAUGAAUCUCCAUAUUGCAACAAUUGUUGCACCACUAUUGUUGAUUUACAUAGGAGCUGCCCCAGAUGCAAUUAUGAUCUAUGCCUUACAUGCUGCAAGGAGAUUCGAGAUGGAUGCUUGCGAGGUUGGGAUGUGAUUGAUGAGAAAUCUGAGAUAAGCUCUGAUAUACGUGAGGAGCUAAUUUCUAAGUGGAAGGCAAAGGAAAAUGGUGAUAUCCCCUGUCCAGUUGAGGAUUUAAAAGGUUGUGGCUACCAACGAUUGGAGUUGAAACGUAUGUAUCCAGCUGGCUGGGUUUCACAACUGAAGUCGAAAAUCAAAGGGUUAGUUAAAGUCAAAAAACUUUUGAAUUCACAUGGUCCUUCCAGUAGAUGUUGCUCAUGUUUGGAAUUUCAAGGUAAUGUUGAUCCUGAGCUGCGAACAUUAAGGAAGGCAUCAUCUAGAAAUUUAUGCUCUGAUGAUAACUAUCUGUACUGUCCUUCUGCCAAUGACAUUAAGCAUGGUGAACUGAGGCAUUUUCAAAAACAUUUGAUGAAAGGAGAGCCUGUUAUAGUUAGAAAUGUUGUUAAUUUAACUUCUUGCCUGAGUUGGGAUCCAAGGGUAUUAUGGCGUGCUUUCCCCGAGAGUGAGCAGGGUGCCCCUGACACAAAAGUGGCAGCUGUUGAUAAAAGCAAUGAUGAAUUCUUUAAGGGAUAUUUUAAGUGUCCUAUGAAUGAUGAAUCUCCACCGCAGCUGCUUAAAGUAAAAGACUGGCCAUGUUACACUUUAUUUGAAAGGCUCCUUCCACGUCAUUUUGCAGAAUUUAUCUGUGCCUUGCCAUUUUCAGAAUAUACAAAUCCGCACUGCGGUAUUCUGAAUAUUUCGACGAACUUUCCCCAGAAUAGUCUAAAACCUAACCUUGGGCCAAAAUCUUUUAUAGCCUAUGGACAUGAUGAAGAACUAGGACAUGGAGAUUCUGUAACAUUUCUUCACUGUGACAUGUCAGAUGCGGUGAAUCUUCUGGUGCACACUUCUGAAUUAACAAAUGUUACCUGUGGUGCAAUGGAUGCAUUGGGUGCGGCUGUUUGGGAUAUUUUUCGUAGGCAAGAUGUUCCCAAACUAAAUGAAUAUCUGACAAAACACCAUGCAGAGUUCACACGUAUAUUGGGGGCUCCGGUAGAUCAGGUUGUGCAUCCAAUCCAUGAUCAGACUUUCUACCUGACUGUGGACCAUAAAAGAAAACUUAAGGAAGAGUUUGGAAUUGAACCUUGGACAUUUGUGCAAAGGUUUGGAGAGGCAGUAUUUAUACCUGCUGGUUGUCCUCAUCAAUCUUGUGUCAAGGUGGCUCUUGACUUUGUCUCCCCUGAAAAUAUUGGUGAGUGCAUCCGUUUGACUGAAGAAUUUCGGCUUCUUCCACAUGGUCAUAGGGCAAAAGAGGAUAAAUUACAGGUGAAGAAAAUGAUACUACAUGCAUUGGAAUAUGCUGCUGAGGAGUUGGAAAAGCUUAGGCGAUGAGGAACAAGGAGGCAUAUAUUAUCGCCCUUUUGCUGGAUGGUAGAAUCAGAAUUUUUGACUUCUAACACAUUUCUGUGAGUAGGGCGAAAUAUCAAACCGUGCAAACGUGUAGUUGAUUGUUUUGAGAUGUUUUGGCCUCAAACGAAUUUUGUAAUGCGUGUGUUAUGAUUAUCACACUCUUUGAUAAAGAUUUUUCCAUUUUGGGAUGCAGAAUUAAAGUUGCAAUUGAUAC